CCUUGUUUUAACGCCCCGACAUUACUAAUUGCCCUGUGGGCUUAUUAAUUCCCAGUACAGACAACGAACGAACCUCUGUCCAAUGGCUCCGAUGAUCGUCGUAACUCCGAUACGAGUGCGGAAGACGCUACUACUAGUACCGAGCACAGACGUCCUGUUAUACCCAUGCCUUAAUAGUUAUAGCCCCCCUUGAGCAUUGCGACGAGACUCAUACUCCAAGUGUUAACAUCCUGUUAACAUCCAUAUAGCCUCAAGCGACUCACCAUGGCGACCCCUGAGCAAAAGGUGCUCUUUAUUCUUGGAGGCGGGCCACGCAUCGGCCACGCCGUAGCCAAGAGAUUCGUCAGUCAAGGGUACAAGGUUGCGAUCGGGCGACGCACCACCGACAAGACCGACGUUGAUGGCGUGCUUCCUGUGUAUGUGGAUGUUACCAAAGCCGAGACGAUCCAGGAAGCCUUCCACGAGGUCGAGUCAAAGCUAGGCGUUCCCAACGUGGUCGUGUAUAACGCCGCCGCUCUGACCUUCCCCCCCGAGAAUGACCCGUUCGGCGUGGAGCCAGCUUCGUUCACCCGCGAUCUAGCAACCAACGCGGACGGUGCCUACGCCGCCCUCCACCAUGCGACUCACCUCGGUCGACGCCACAGCAUCUCUCCUCUCAUCUUCAUCGCGACGGGCAAUGUCACCCCCUUCAGAGUGAACCCGCUUGCUGUAACGCUCGGGCCUGGAAAAUCUGCGCUAGCCCAUCUCAUCUCGCUCGGGGCCACUGCGUACGACAAGAAUCAGUUUAGGUUCUACUUUGCUUCGCAGGUCACAGACGACGGCGGUCCUGUGCCAUAUCCCCAGGUUAGCGGCGAGGCGCAUGCGGAGGUCUACUGGAAACUUGCCAACGAAGAAGGGCAUGGGUGGGAUGUGAGAUUUAGUGUGGCCGCCGAUGGGUCGACAAGGUUCGCCUGAGGACGACGUCAGUAGUAGUACAAUCCGAGCGAAGCAAAUUGCGUGCAGUCCGGAGAACUCGUCGUUUAUCAGGAUGCUAGCGCCCGCAUCUCCGCACUGCCGUUUUCCUGUAACGGACAAGCAAUGGCAUGUGUCUGUGUUCUGGGCUGUAUGCCGUGUCAAUGUGUGUCCAGAAGAGGUGCGGGAACGUCAAGCCGGGUGUUCGCCGAGGACAUGUUGGUUUCUUUGUUUUUAUUUUUUUCGCCUUUUGCUUUCCUCCCGUCGUGCCAGAUCAACCCUAUGCGAUACCAUCUUGGCAAUCAAUAGCGCACCCGGAAUCCGGUCCUCAACGUAGCAUUCAAGAC